AUGCUCUUGGAUCAAUAUGUGUUCUGUUUGGAUCUUGGUGCAGGUGUUGGAUUGAAGCGCAAGAAUGAGGUCAGCAAGUUCAUCAAGGACAAUGGUGGUGUGAUUGAGUUUGCUGUGACCUCUCGUGUCACUCAUCUCAUCGUAUCACCAGACAACGUCACUGGAUACAAGGCAAACGUGGCCCACAAGCUGUCCUCAUGUGUCGUCUAUCUCGAGCAGUUCAUCGAUGACAUCAUGGCAUCCAACUCCAUCCCCUCAAACACUGCUCCCUACCAAUGUGUUGCCCCAAUCGCCCCUGUCUCACUCAGCAAGAGAGCAUCAAUUACUUUGACUACUACUACCGCUACACCAAAGUACUCUGUCACUGCCUCAUCUGCAAUCGCACCUGAACCCGCUCCUACCACCUCUGGAUCGCCUGCCACCACUGUUACUCCCACAACCGCCCCCAUCAAACCAUCCCCGGCCCCAACUACUAAAUCAUCGUUGUAUUCUCUUUCAUCGAUUGGUACUUCAAAGGCUGGAACAUCCUCCUCCUCACUCACCCCAUCUGCUUCCAACUACUCUUCUGUGCUGCUCUCAUCGAUUGCGGCAAAGAAGGAGAAGCUGGAGCAGAAGAGGUUGGAGCAGGAGCAGCUGCUGGAGAUCAAGCGUAGAGAGAAGCAACAGGUCCUCGAUGAGAAGAACAGGGAGAAGCAGUUGAUGAUUGAGGAGAAGAAGAAGGAGAAGGAGGAGAAGCUCAGGAUGCUGCAGAAGGAGAAGGAGGCCAAGGGCUCCUUUGAGAGGGAGAGAAGGAAGGAGGUCAUCACCUCCAUCUCUGUCGGAGGAAAGUCAAAGGGCGCCUCCCUCUUUGCUGUCAACGAGCAAGAGGUCCAGGCUGCCAAGGCUGCUGCCAAGGUCGCCAAGGAGGCCGAGCGACUCAAGUUCAUUGAGGACGCCAGACAAAAGAAGCAGGCCAACAAGGAUGCCAUCCAGCUGAGAGUUCGCGACGAUCGCGAUAACAAGCUCAAGGAGAAGGACCAGAGAAGAAACGCCUGGGUUGAGAAGACCGAGGCCGAGAAGAACAAGCUGGCCCAGGAGAAGGCUGCCAUCAACAAGGAGAAAUACGAGGCAUUCCUCGAGCGUGAAAGGAGACGUGAGCAGCGUGCCCUCAACGGUGUCUCAUACGAGCCCAAGAAGAGGGACCCACAUCUGCCCGACGAGGACGUCAGGAAGGUGUUUGUGUCGGGCAUCAAGUUUGAUGACACGACCAAGCCCUCCGCCAUCUUCAUGACCAAGAAGAAGGAGCAGUCCUUUAGACAGAAGCGUGUCAGCAUGCUUCUGGAGGACUUUAACCGCUUUGGUCGCGUCACCAGAAGAACUGUCAACGUGGAGAAGGGCCACUUCUUUGUCACCUACGAGACGAUCGAGGCGGCCAACGAGGCCGUCGAGCACUUUGCCAACAUUGAGAACAGACAGGCUGUGGUUGAGAACAUCAAACGCAAGCUCGUUGAACUCAAGAAGCCAACCAUCAUCGCACCAGACCAUCACUUCUAUGUAAGAAUGAACAAACUGUACACUCUCAAGCUCAAUCAACUACCUGCACAUCAAAGACCAAACCCAAACAAGCCAAAGCCAACAACUACAACCGCCACUGCCACUGCCACUUCUGACAAUGCCACCACCUCACCAUCAUCAUCAUCCAAUACAUUGGAUGUUGUUGAAGAGGACCUGGUGGAGAAGGUCGAGGAGGAGUGGGAGGAGGAGACUGAGGAGGCCACUCAACAAGCCGAUGAGUGGUCAGACCAAGAUGGCAACGAAUCAUCAGAUUAUGAUGACAACAAUGAUUAA